CCCCAACGGCACGUGUUACAGUAGGAUUUUGCCGCCGUUGUCAUUAUCAUCUUAAAACAGGUGGAAUUACUAUAGAGCCAGUAUUUACUCCGUAACGACAGCAGACAGGAAACCUUGAUUUAUAACAGGGAUGGCUGGAAUUCCCGACAAGACCUGGCAACCACCUUAUGUCGCCCUCAACACCGCAAUGGGCGAAAUAUUGUUGGAAUUAUACUGGCAACACGCACCCAUAACAUGCAGAAAUUUUGCUGAAUUGGCCCGAAGGGGCUAUUAUGAUGGAAGUAAAUUUCACCGCAUCAUUCGGGAUUUUAUGUUACAAGGAGGGGAUCCAACUGGUACUGGACGAGGAGGUGCCUCAAUUUAUGGCAGAAAUUUUGAGGAUGAAGUCCACCCUGAUCUCAGACAUACAGGUGCAGGAAUUCUGAGCAUGGCCAAUUCUGGACCCAACACUAAUGGAUCUCAGUUCUUCAUCACCCUUGCCCCAACACAGUGGCUUGAUGGGAAGCAUACAAUUUUUGGGAGAGUCUACUCAGGGAUGGGAGUUGUGAAAAGAAUUGGGUUGGUUGGAACAGAUUCCAAUGAUCGACCGAUUGAUGAUGUUCGUAUUCUCAAGGCUUCUGUUAAAGAUGCAGCCUGAGACAUCAGAUUCAUGUUAAAAUAUUCUAAGGCUGUGAUGUAUACAGGGAGUUUAUGGAAGCAGACAAAAUGCCACAGGAUCAUCUGGAUUGCACUUAAUGUACCAUCAGUAACUGUUCUUAUGUUUUUGUUAUGCCUAAUAAAAUCCACUGAUUUUGUAGUUGAUUCUAUUCAAAUGCAGU